GAAGCGGAGAGGCGAGAAAGAAAGAUUUUUUCUCGGUGUCGGAUAGUUGGAAUCGUCGAGCCGUGGAGCCGCAUCACAGCAGCAAGGCGCGACGCGAGCCGACCACUCGAGCAGCCGUGCGUCAGGAUGUUCCCUGUGCCAUUGAGAGGGCCCAUCCGGUAGCUCCGUUGCCGGCUCUCGUCGCGAUCCUCAGGCCCUGGAAGAGGAAGGAUCGCGGAGGACAACGUUCGAAGGAACGAUCGGGGAGGAAAAUGUCGGUCAGGGUCAGCGGAGUUUAUUUGGUGCCAGCUUCGGCCACCACCACCACCAAUAGCGAAACGAGUAACGAGAGGAGUAACAAUAAUCUCGUUCCUUCGCACGAAGGCAAUCUUCAACAGCAAGCCCAACAACAACAGCAGCAGCAACAUCAUCAUCAUCACCAUCAUCAUCAUCAUCACGAUCAUCAGCAACGGCCGCAGCAACAGCAACAGCAACAGCAACAGCAACAGCAACAGCAACAACACAAACAACAGCAGUACCACGCUACUAAGACGGUCACCAUAGCCACUGCACCGCAACGGAGCAAUAGCCUCGAUUAUUUAAAUUUCGAAGAGAAACGACAAAUCAUCGCGUCCUCCUUGUCCCUAAGUGAUUUUCUGGCUCACGGGCCUGCCGCUGCAGCGGCGGCCGCGGCCAAGGAAGUUGCGGCGAGUACCGUCAUUGCUAAGAAACAAAAUGGCGCUGCCCUUCGAACGAACAGCCUGGGCUCUGGCGCGAGGACUCCUCCUCUUGAAAGGAAAAGCAAAUUUUCAGCCCUCGGGAGACUCUUUAAACCUUGGAAAUGGAAGCGGAAAAAGAAAUCGGACAAAUUCGAAGCCGCUUCUUUAUCCCUUGAAAGAAAAAUCUCUGUACGGGCUAGUAGAGACGAAUUGGUACAAAAGGGAAUCUUGUUACCAGUUAUAAGAUCGACGUCGUUUCCGGAAAAUGAAACAAUAAGUGACCUGACGGACACGCAAAAGCCACCGAGUCCUCGGCAAACUCCUCAGCAACAGCAACAACUGCAGCAACAAUCGCAACAGCAGCAACAACAACAGCAGCAAUUGCAACAACAACAACUGCAGCAACAGACUCAAUCGCAUCAGCAACAGCAACAACAACAACAACAACAGCAGCAGCAACAGCAGCAGCAACAGCAGCAACAGCAAGUACAACCCGUUAACGUAGGUAACGGGGCUGGAAGCACUCCUGUGCCAACAUCGGCGUCAACCGGUAGCGUGCAACAAUCCCAGCAAGUAACACCGAGUACGCCGACCCCAACGACUGCCAAUCCACAUUCUAGUGGAUCGCCCAGUAACCAUUCGUCUCCUCAUCCUCCACCUAAUUAUCCAGGAAUAUCUUCGUCCCAGGGAGGACAGACAAAUGGAAAUACGCAAGAGCCGAAGAAGGAAAAGACUGAACAAAAUGCAAAUGGCGCGGUUUCGCCAAGUGGUGAGACUCAGGUCAAUCAGAGCACGACUACGAGCGUUACGGUGCCUGUUUCAGGCACGACCUCGAAUACAGGAGAUCAACAAAAGCCGAAUAGGCCAAACACUCUCGAUGCCAGGGUUGUAGCUAGAAGACUGAUCUUGUUUGACAUGGAAAAAGGUGUCCUCGAUCAAAGCGUCGAAAAUCAACAGCAAGUGAUAGAGAGGUGUUAUCCUUUACCACCUCAAAACACUCUGAUGUUGUCGGAACUUCCGGAACCACCAAUUCCAUUGAGCGAAAUCGGACCGAUUCCACCACCGCCUAUGUUCAGUUCGCCGAGUCCCACAUUGGUAACGAGGCAGCGACAACAACAAAUCCCUUUAUCGGAUUGCGAGGACGAAGAUGACGAAGACAUCGACGUGGAGGAAGAAGACGAUAAUCUUUACGUCUUUAGGGUAUCUCAACCAGAUCCAGCGAUUGAUACAUCCAGAAUCGAAGAAAUACCAGCGAAAGAGCCUAAAUUCCAUGCAAUGCCAUUGAAAAGUGCACUGAAGAAAAAGGGAUCCGGUAGUGGUCCUGGAACACCGCAAAAUACACCGACGCAGGAAAACAGGCCAUUAACUCUUCGUCAAGAACUUCAUGCUUCGUUCAAAAGGCCACCGUUGAGGCCUAGGAUGAGAAUAUGCAGUCGACCAGUCAGAUUCGGACUUGCUCUGCCAUGUACAUUGGAAAAUAAGGAGAAUGCAAGGCCUUAUGUUAUUCGAGAGGACGUUGAUGGUGAUGGUAACGAUGGACAGGUUCUUUACAGGGAUGAGUACGAUGAUGAGAAAACUCGACUGGCAGCUAAAAUCGCACGCAAAGAAUCACUUUCAUUGAAGCUAGCCCUCAGGCCUGAUAGGCAAGAACUCAUCAAUAGAAAUAUACUUCAGUUACAAACGGACAAUGAGAGACAAGAAACGAAGGAAGCUAUUGGCGCUCGACUUAUCAGGCGACUAAGUAUGCGUCCUACUCAAGAAGAAUUGGAAGAACGAAACAUUUUGAUUCAUAAAAGUCCUGC